UGUGUCUGCUGGCACCAGUCUAUCCUCAUCUUGCUGUCCUCUGUCUUAUGGACCUGGGGGGAAAACUGCCCAGCAACCUGCCUGUGCCCAGAUCCUCAUACUGUGGACUGUAGCGGCCGUGGGCUGACCCAUCUACCCGAUGAGAUCCCCUUGGAUGUGCGCAGGCUUUUGCUGGCUGACAACUGGAUACUCCGCAUCCCCUCAGAUUUCCUGGUUCUGUACAGUGACUUGGUCUACUUGGACCUCCGGAACAACUCCCUCUCCCACAUAGAACCGGGGACACUUAGCAGCUCCUCCAGGCUGGUGUUCCUGGACCUGGGCAGCAACAAUCUGACUGAAAUCCCAAAGGGGACGUUUGGUGAGUCCCGUAGCCUGAUCAAACUACGGCUAGGCAACAACCCAUAUCUGAGCAUGGUGAGUGAGGAUGCUUUUCUGGGCCUCACUUCUCUGAGGGAACUGGAACUGGAGCGCAAUGCACUGUCUACCCUAAAGGUGGGAGCGUUGAGUCAGUUGCCCUCCCUGCGGGUGGUGAGGCUAGAGGGCAACCCUUGGGUGUGCAACUGCAACUUUGCCAGCCUGUUCACAUGGCUGAUGGACAACAGUCACAAGCUUCCAAAUGGAGUGGAAGGCAUGGAGUGCUCCCUCCCCAUGGAUGGCAGACGCAUAUCUCUGGCCCAGCUUUCAAAGGACAGCUUUCGUGAGUGCCAGGCCACGCUAACUCUAACAGAUCUGCUCAUCAUCAUUUUCUCUGGCAUCUCAGUGUCUGUGGUGGCCAUCAUGACAAGCUUCUUUCUGGCCUCAACUGUUCAUUGCUUCCAGCGCUGGAGUAAAGGUACCAAGGGGGAUGAGGAGGAGAGUGAGGAGUGACAAGGAUGUACCUUUAAGGGCCUGGGUGGUUCUGGUACUUCAAACAAUACAAGGACACAGCAGACUGUGUGUGCGUGACAUGUGGCAAGCUUCCUCCCUGGUGAAUAUGCAGGACUGUUUAAGGGUAGGACCUUCUGCCAGUGGCACAGGUGAAGUUAUCUUUGCACAUGGACAUUUGAAAUAUGGUAACAAAGGACGUUCCCAAGGUAUAAGCCAAAGUCCCAGUAAAAAUUUAUGUGUUCCCUGCCCCACUCAAGAGAGUUUGUAUUUUUGGCUAAUGGCUUCUAGCACAGUGUUACAGGCCUACACAAAUAUAGUAAGGCUAACACCUUUUAUUAAGUGUUGCGGCAGUGCUGUCUCGUUAGUCUUAGACAAGCCAAUAAUUAAAUAACGUCUGAUAUCAUGGACAUCAAACUGAGUCUAAAGUUCUGUCAAGUGUCAUGACAGUUAGCAUUGCCUUUUAGAUGAUUUUCACUGGGAAUUUAUCUGUGUAAGGCACUUAGGUUGAUCCCAUAAAAAAGGGAUGCCAUAUCAACCAGCAACCUCAGUAUUUAACUGGAUCAUGAAUCAUGAUAUGCUGGCAUAUCCUGCCAUUUACAAUGUCAUUUUUUGGACAGCCUCACCCACUGACUUUCGAAAAUGGUUCGCAAGUACUGGUGUUCCUUCUGCAUGUGAAGUUAGACAGUGACAAAAGUGUCAGUCAAACAGGAAGGAUUUGGACAAUGGUCUACACGCUUUUUUAGCAGUAUAGUCAUUAUAUAAUCACAAAUUAAUGUACAAAAGAAAA